GUCUGGCGUAAUGGAAAACAUCAGUAACGUGCCGGGAAUCAACAUGAAAUUGGUGCUCUUUUUCAUAAUGUAUUUUAAUCUAGGUAUCUCCAAUACGGUCCACUCUGACGAGCGGUCCUCCUCGGCGGAACAUCACGACCACCUCCACGAGCCACCGGCGGCAGAUGUGGCCGAGAACGAGAUUUACGACUCGGACGAAAGCAACCUGCUCCGGACGCCGCUGGACCGGGGGCCGUACUUUGAUUUAUCGGCCUCGAAGAACAUCACGGCCCUCGUCGGCAAGACCGCGUAUCUCAACUGUCGGGUCCGGAACCUGGGCAACAAAACGGUUUCUUGGGUCCGCCAUAGAGACAUUCAUCUCUUAACCGUAGGUAGAUUCACGUACACCUCGGAUCAACGAUUCCAGAGCGUGCAUAACCCACAAACGGACGACUGGUCGUUACAGAUCCGAUAUCCACAGAAGCGAGACACCGGAGUGUACGAAUGCCAGAUAUCAACCACGCCACCGGUGGGUCACUCCAUGCACCUGUCGGUAGUCGAACCCGUCACCAUCAUCGUCGGUGGGCCGGAUAUUUACAUCAACACCGGGUCCACGGUCAACCUGACGUGCGUGGUGCGAAAUUCCCCGGAACCUCCGUCCACCAUCAUCUGGACCCACAACCACCAGGAAAUUAAUUACGACUCGCCCCGGGGUGGCGUUUCGGUUAUCACGGAAAAGGGCGAAACGACCACCUCGUACCUGCUGAUCCAGCGGGCCAAAAGCACCGAUUCGGGCAAGUACGUCUGCUCGCCGUCGAACGCCAACACGUACUUCAUCAACGUUCACAUCCUGAACGGAGAACACCCGGAAGCGAUGCAGCACGGGGGCCAGCUCCGGAUAGGUGACCCAGUGCACGUGUUUGUGUUCGUAAUCAUCACCCUGGUGCUGAGCAAUCGAUGAAGUCCCGCCGGCAGCGGAAAAUGGAAGACCGUCGGAAGCCGGUGUGUAUAAUAUAGAAGGCGGAGUAAUUAGAAUAGCGACAAUGAUGCCGGGGACUCGAUCCGGUGGGACCUCCGGCGGUGGCGCAAUCGACGAUUCAAUACUCGAGAUCAUCCAACGGCGUCGUGAAUCGGAAGUUGAGCAGAUGUGUUUUGAAUGGAUUGUUGAAGACAAGAAGGGCCAGAAACAGCCCACAAUGUGGGCGGCUAGUGUAGACCUAGGAUAGCAAGUCAAGAAUCACUCAAAGUUGUUGAUUUAUCCGAUGAAACUGUUUGGAAUUGCGCUGGGAGCGAGUCCUCGACGACCAAACCAUCAUCACCGAGUUAUGUUUGUUACUGGGAGGGCGGACGAUUGUUCUGGGAAUUGUGGCAUAGAUGUUUCGAGCAAUGUUGGUUGGCACGCAUAAUAAUAGUAUUAUAGACAAGAAUUGUAUCGAUUGAAGAUUUCGUUGGAAUUACUUAAGAUUAACAACGACUGUCUACGGUUCCACUGAAUGAUCUUAGUGCGUUAGAAUGAAGAGUCUUCAAUUCAAUCUUCAAUCAGAAUUUUCUUCAUGGAAGCCGCAAACUGACACAGAUGUGUUUCUUCAAGCAUAUUGGUGAUUUUUUUCCCAAAAAAGUUUGAGCUCUAAUUUCAAAUCCAGAAAAACAAUAUAACCGGAAGUGGUUUUUAUUUGUAUUUUUUUUUUAAUUUAACUCAAACUUUGUGGGAGCCUUUCCUAUGACUCAAGAAGCCAUUUUGUGUCAUUGGUUCACCCAUACAAGGCUCCAUGCAAUUUUGGUAGCUGUCCAUACAAAAAUGGUACGCCAAUAUACGUCAAUCUGUAUCUUUUGAAGGUAUUUUCUGAUAGAUUUUUUGUUUUCGGUAGAGUUUUGAAUUUUUUUUAUAUGUUUUAUGGGACAAAAACCGGAACUUUUGAGCUACAGAGUAGCAUUUACAACAGUUUUACCACCAAGUUAUGACUUUUUGAAUAUAAAUGUUAUUUUUUUUAUCGAAAUUGCAGUGUUUUUUUAAAUUUCAGUUUUUAUUGUUAAAAUCAAAUUGGCAAUUGAAAAGUACUGUACAAUUUUUUUUGAUAAAGUGCACCGUUUUAAAAUAUAGCUACUUAAAAUUUGACAAUCACUGAAAAAUACUGUUUUUCGAUUUUUUUAAAAUAAUUUUCAUAAUUGUCCAUUUCUGAGAAUAUUGUUUUCGAUAAGUUCAGAAAAUGUUAGUGUAAGUAUUAGAGAAAAGAGAUAUUCUAGAGCUCUAAAAAAAAUAACUCUUUUUCGCUUUUAGAUUGAUCCAUGGAAAUAAUCGAAGAAACUAAUUAAAUAAUGAAUAAAUGACCAUUGUAACAUUUUUACUUAAAAUGUAACAAGGGUCAUUUUCAGGGUACGUGAAUUUUCACAAUUUGCGGACAGCGUGAAAUUCGUGAAAUCCACAUUUUCCGCGAAAUCCCGUGAAAUAAUAAAUCAAACCAAAAAAUAACAAAUUUAGCAAAUAUUCAAUCCACAAAGGUUUCAACUGAGAAUUGGAUUUGUGAUAUUUACUUUCUGUACUCUUGAAUUGAAGUCUCAGUUAGUUGUUACAACAUUUAAUAAUGAAUGAAUUCAAGUAAAAAUAUUGUUUUUUUUUCACAACUGGGCUGCUGCAAAUAUUUUCUGAAAUGUAUGUCCCUCGGCUCUAACCAUAGUCGA